AUUUGUUUUAUUUUGAAAAGCUUUUUUGUUAAGCUCUGCUGGUGCCAUAAAUGGAACAGUUAACUGGAAGACUAAGCAAGCCAACAGUUUUAUUAUCAGCAGAAUAAAGGCUGUUGAGAAGAAUGGUGAAGUAAGUAAUGAUCCUAUAACAUUUAAUACCAACUUAAUGGGUUACCCUGACAGACCUGGAUGGCUACGCUACAUUCAGAGGACACCAUACAGUGAUGGAGUGCUGUAUGGAUCACCAACUAUAGAAAAUGUGGGCAAACCAACCAUCAUUGAGAUUACUGCUUACAAUAGGCGCACCUUUGAGACUGCAAGACAUAAUUUAAUCAUUAACAUAAUGUCAGCAGAAGACUUUCCUUUACCUUAUCAAGCGGAAUUCUUCAUAAAGAACAUGAAUGUAGAAGAAAUGUUAGCAAGUGAGGUACUUGGAGAUUUUCUUGGAGCAGUGAAAAAUGUAUGGCAACCAGAGCGUUUGAAUGCCAUAAACAUCACCUCAGCUCUAGACAGAGGAGGCAGAGUUCCACUUCCUAUCAAUGAUAUGAAGGAGGGUGUCUAUGUAAUGGUUGGUGCGGAUGUUCCGUUCUCCUCAUGCUUACGAGAAGUAGAAAACCCACAGAAUCAGCUGAGAUGCAGCCAAGAAAUGGAACCUGUAAUAACUUGUGAUAAAAAAUUUCGUACCCAGUUCCAUAUUGACUGGUGUAAAAUCUCUCUGGUUGAUCACACAAAACAAGUCUCUACCUAUCAGGAGGUGAUCCGUGGAGAGGGAAUAUUACCUGAUGGUGGAGAAUACAAACCACCUUCUGAUACCUUGAAAAGCAGAGACUAUUACUCGGAUUUUCUAAUUACACUGGCGGUGCCCUCGGCAAUAGCACUGGUGCUUUUCCUAAUACUUGCUUAUAUCAUGUGCUGCCGACGGGAAGGAGUGGAAAAGAGAAACAUGCAAACACCAGACCUCCAGUUGGUCCACCACAGUGCUAUACAGAAAUCGACCAAAGAGCUUCGUGACAUGUCCAAAAAUAGAGAGAUAGCAUGGCCUCUUUCAACACUUCCUGUGUUUCAUCCAGUCACUGGUGAGAUUGUACCACCGCUUCACACAGACAGCUAUGAUAAUACUAGCAUGCCACUAAUGCAAACACAGCAGAACCUGCCACAUCAGACUCAGAUUCCACAGCAGCAGACUGCAGGUAAAUGGUAUCCCUGAGGAAAGGAAAUUGACAGAAGCAAUGAAUUUGUAAUCAGAUAAAACAGUAAUCACAUCCUAUUUCCUUAUUUGUUCAAAUUGAUGCAUGAGCUCUUCUGAUGUAUAUUGUGCAUGACACGGUAUUAAAGAUUUCAGUGCCAGAUAGUACAAUCAUUCCCAUAUAAACUAAUGUACUGUAUCUUUUUUGUACUUUGGACAUUUUUGACAAUUUGUAAAAACACUGAUAACUUUUUAUAUUUGUUACAUUACAAGAAUAUCUUUAAAAUAAACACAUUAAUAAAUAUCAAAACUUUC